GGCCGUAGGACAGAUGAGGUGAAUGCACUAUUGGAGGAGAAUUUUAAAGCUAUCGACGACAUAUUCAACGACCUUGCCGCAAAAACCGGCUUACCUUUGCAGCAAGUCUCUCAUGCGUAUCACAAGGCUCGUGGACACAUUCAUUCUGGAUUCAAUCAUUGGAACACAUACGGCCAUUACUUGAAAGUGAACCGAGAGCAGGAAUUGCAAAGACUUGGCAAUAUUGAGGUAGCUGAUGCUGCUCAGAUUACGCCAGCAAUUCGAGCCGAAUGCUACAAGGCGUUCCGAGCGGCUUUUCCGGACUCAUGGCAAGAAAUCCUCGAGACAUUUGAGCAGGUAGAGGUGAGGUCAGUUGGACCUCAGACAGUUUCACAGCGAACACAGGAAUUCAGUAAGGUUUGGAGAAAAGUU